GUUUUAUGUUUGGAGACGGUCAGUAGAACAAAGUCGUUUGUGCAGCGCGGACGGAGGAUUCUAUUCGAUUUCGAAAACAAGAGAUAAAGAUGGCUUGUCAAAUUUUUAAAACUCUUAAAGGAAGUGGAGCUCAAAUGCCUGUUCUCGGUUUUGGCACUUGGCAGGCCCCUGAAAAUGAAGUCGAAUUGGCAGUUAGUAAAGCCCUAGAUGUGGGCUACAGGCAUAUCGAUUGUGCACCAGUGUAUUUGAAUGAAAAAGCAGUCGGACGAGCUAUAACUGCCUGGAUCGAAAAUGGAGGAUCAAGAGAGGAACUUUUUAUUGUAACAAAAUUGCCACCUUUUGCAAUGCGCCCGGAUUUGCUAGAAAAAACUUUUAAAAAAUCCUUAGAAGAUUUAUGCUUAGACUAUGUAGAUAUGUACUUACUUCAUACUCCGUUUGGAUUAUUACCACCGGGACCUGAUGGAGAUGGUGCACCUCAACUUGAUUUAGAAACCGACCAUUUGGCCUUGUGGAAGGAAAUGGAAAGGAUGGUUGAUGAAGGACUAACGAAAUCCAUUGGUGUUUCAAACUACAAUGAGAAGCAGUUGAGCAGAAUUAUAGACAAUGCACGAAUACAACCAUCAAACUUACAGAUAGAGAUACAUGUAUAUUUGCAACAAAAACCUUUGGUAGAAUUUUGCAAGAAAAAUGAUAUAGCAGUUACAGCAUAUUCUCCUUUAGGCUCGAGGGGUAUUGCCACUCUUUUAGCCAAUGCUGGCGUAGACAAAGAAGUACCUGAUUUGAUGAGCAAUCCGGUUGUCGUCGACAUAGCAGAAAAGCAUUCAAAAACAUCAGCACAAAUAUUACUUCGUUGGCUUAUUCAGCGCGGUUUAAUUGCAAUUCCUAAAAGCACUAAUGAGGAUCGCCUAAAGCAAAAUAUUGACAUUUUUGAUUUUGAGUUGGAUCCGAUUGAUGAAGCUGAUUUGAAUGCUUUGGACAGAGGAAUUCGAGUGUGUGAUUUCAGUUUCUUCAAAGGGGUGCAGAAUCAUCCAGAAUUUCCAUGGUAA